GCCAGAGUUAAACUAAUGAAGCAAAAUAUUGGACGGGCGAAUUUUCUCAGUUCCUCAAUUUGUCACAGACAAGCUGCCAGGAAGACGACGCGACGUUUCAACUUACGUUCAACAUUUAAAUGCCCUCUAUUCAGAUUUUGAAUCUAGGUUUGAGGAUAUUUUGCCUAUGAUUUCCCUUACAAAAUUGACGCCAAAUGUUGAUAAUUUAUUAUUAAAGCAUCAGGUUCAUCCUUCUCACUAAAAAUAUUGACUUAUUGCU